AACUGCAUUCGUCUCUUGAAACCAACCGGAAACGUAAGCAUGAUGAAAUCGAGAGUGAUUUUGCCGAUAAGGCAUACGGAAUCGUUACCGAUGGCCGAGCAUGGUACUUUGUCGAGUUUAUUAUGGAUGGUGAUAAACCUAGAAUCAGCAUUCAUUCGGAAACACCAGCUGUCCUAGAUUGGACCGAGGAGUCUGAGACUUUGGAAAAGGGGGCGGGUAGAAUAUUGGGUCGAAUCGUUUGGCUUUUAAAAGAGGCGGAGCAAUGGAGGUGA